UUGAAUCUCAAUUAUACUCUGUUCAAAGGAGCUUCUUUCCAACUAAACACCAUUGAUCUUGAUCCGCGUUCUACUGUUGCCAAGAUCGGAUCCGUUCCCUCCGUGAAGCAGGUAUGGCCUGUUCAGCUCUACAAACGACCGGCCAACACAACAAUUAGCUCAAUAAGCAGUGAUUUUAGUCACUUGAAGGAAGCUUCGGAUCUGCUGCGCAGAGCAACGUCCGAGAAGGACACCUAUGCGCCACACGUCGCCGUUCAAGUCGAUAAGCUUCAUGCAGAGGGAAUCACAGGCAAAGGCGUGAGGAUUAGCAUCAUCGACACUGGAGUUGAUUUCAACCAUCCCGCAUUGGGCGCAUGCUUUGGCAAAGGCUGUGUUGUCAGCUAUGGAAUGGACAUGGUUGGAGACGAUUAUAAUGGCAGCAAUACCCCUGUGCCCGGUCCUGAGCCCUUCAGUACUUGUGAUGGCCACGGAACACACGUCACGGGCAUCAUUGGAGCUCUGCCAAACCCCAUGGGCUUCACCGGUGCCUCUCCUGGAGCAACUAUUGGCAUGUACAGAGUCUUUGGCUGCACCGGUGAUGUUGGAGCGGAUGUUGCCAUUGCGGCUGUCAACAAGGCUUACGAAGACGGAGCGGAUAUCAUCACCAUCUCUCUUGGUGGAUCAUCUGGCUGGACUGAAGACUCCUUUUCGGUUGCUGUAUCAAGAGUGGUCUCUGCCGGUGUUGUUUGCACUGUAGCCAACGGUAACUCGGGCUCAGCAGGACUGUUCCUUGCAGGCACUCCAGCCAACGGCAAGGGCGUUACGGCUGUGUCAUCUGUUGAGAGCACCUGGACGCCGUUUUUGGGAACAGCAGGCUAUGUGAGCACGAGCAACUCGACAACUAACCAGACUCUCUUUGUUUACACCCCUGGAGUUUACCCAUUCCCCAACAUUACACUCCCAGUGUGGGCAGUGACACCCGAGUUUACUACAGAUGGCACUUAUGGCGCUUGCAAUCCCCUCAACGACAAAGCGCCGGCUGACCUUAGUGAUAAAGUUGUUCUCGUGCUAUAUGAUCAAUGCGACUCUUGGACCGAAGUAGCUAAUCUGCAGUUGAGAAAUGCCAAGUACUACAUGUUCUACUUGGAUGGUCCCGGAAACCCUUGGUCCAUUGGAGCUACCGACGCCUUAGGUCUCGGAAUGACUGGAUAUUCGCAGGGUGUCUUGUGGCAAAAGCAAAUCAGCAGCGGCCAGGACCUGUAUUUGACCUUGGUCCAGCCGACAUCCAGCGCCAAGUCUGGCGUCUUUGUUCCCAAUGCCGUCAAUCCCAACUACAUUGACACUUUCACAAGCUGGGGCCCGACGUGGCAGGCAGAUAUCAAUCCCUCCAUCACUACACCAGGAGGCUCGAUUCUUUCUACCUGGCCCUUGCCCGCCGGAGGCUACUAUAUUGAUCAAGGCACUUCCAUGGCCACGCCUCUCAUGGCCUCAGUCUACGCCCUGAUCAUGCAAGCACGAGGAAUCAGAGACCCCAAGACUCUGAUGAACUUGGUAUCUUCAACAGCCCUGCAGCUACCCUUCUACGAUGGAACAACCCUGCAUGCCAAUGAGUUGGCCCCUGUAGCACAGCAAGGCGCGGGUUUGGCUCAAGCUUACAAAGCCGCCCACGCAACGACCUUGCUCAGCGUCCCCAACAUUGCAUUCAACGAUACAGACAACUUUGUCAAGAAGGCUAGCUUCUCGAUCAAGAACACGGGAAGGCGAAGCGUCACAUAUACAAUCGGCCACACUCCGUCUCUGACCAUGUACACAUACGGAAAUGGCGACAGCCACUUCCCGGCUCCAUUCCCGAACCCCAUCGCCGAGGGCGCUUCAGCCAAGCUUGCUUUUUCCCACAACAAGAUCACAGUCCCGACAGGAAAGUCGGCCGAUAUCACCGUGGUAGCAACGCCUCCCCGUGGGCUGAAUGCUUCCGCUAUUCCCGUUUAUAGCGGAUACAUCACCCUGAACGGUACGAAUAGUGAAGGACUCGUUGUCCCUUACUUGGGAGUUGUUGGCAGCCUAGCCAAGCUUCCGAUACUUGACCCUGAUUUCAACUACAUGAUUCAUUACAACGUUUACUCAACAACGCCGGCUCUCGACAAUACUACCUUUAUCAUACCUCCUCCUGUUGACGGGUACCCGCAGCCAAUUGACCCUCCGCCGGAUUAUCCCGCUCCCAUCAUGCAGAUUGAUGCUGGUACGCCAAUUCUUCGAGCGGAUCUCGUCGCUGUUGGUGAGACAAAAAGCAAGGUCAACACGACAAACGUACUAGGCGUCGAUAUCGUUGGAAGUCUUCCUGGCUACCCUCUUCCAUUCACUGGAAGAUCCUUUUUCGUCAAUGCAUUCACCGGAAUGACGCAAGAAGGGACCAUCGUUCCCGAGGGAAGCUAUCAGUUCUUGAUCAGGGCGUUGAGCAUCUAUGGAGAUGUUAACAACGCGAAGGACUAUGAGAGCAUGCUUACGCAGACGUUUAACAUCCAGUACAAUACAACGGAAGCAUAG